AUGUUGUUUUAUAAGCACACAGCCACAGAUACUUUACACUCGCGUGUGAAGCAACUGAUGCGCCUACGAGCUGUGAAGGUAAUUAAAAACCUUUACGAGCAGGGUGCCGGGGUGCCCUUUUGUUUUGUCAGAGGAACACACGUAUUACACACACUCGCUCCUUCCCUUAACUGA